GUGAGGGCCAGCACAUCAUCCCCAUCGAGUCUGCAAACGCAUGAUAAGGGCAUCAUCAAGCAUAGCCUCUUUAUCACUAUACACAAUUCGAUAAAUACCGCCAAUACCCUCUUAUUAUUAUUACUAUUUUCUUUCACAGCAUUCGUCAGCUGUUCUGGUACUCCAACCUCAAGAAGAGGGAGUAUAAGAGCAAAUUCCCUACAUCAUGGCUGAAUCUGCAUUACAACAGCCGUCAAAUGAGAUCACCAUUGGCACUAGGGUUGAGAGACAAGCACGGUGUAUUUGUCCGAGUUUCGCAAGCACAUCCAGUCGUAGAUGAAGGAACGGGAGGAGUGCAGUCUACAGCCAGUGGCAGAACAUCACGGCCAACAUCCAUGACAGGGCGUUCAUCUACAGCCGCAGGAUCUCGUCCCAACGCCACUCCUGGACGAGCCGGUGCUGCUGCGAGGGCUCCGAGUGCGGCUACUACGCCUGCAGCGACGGCUGGCGUCUCACGCCUUUCUCGGCCAUCCGCCACCAGGAGACCUGUUGGAGCGGAUUCUACACCUGAAUCACCUGUAUCAGCAUCAGCCAGAAGGGCUCGAUUCCCUGUUCAGGCAACGAGAGAAGAUGACGUUGGCUUAGCUGACCAGUCUCGAUUAAUGACCCCAUCUAGUUCUACUAAUUUCAACACCACCAUUGUUGGCCAUCAGCAACAAUCGGACCACCUUCGGAAUGAGCCUACCAUAGUGAACGACCAAGAGGAGCAGGAUAAUCUACUAGCACAGGAGAGGCAGAUACAGGAGGAGCUUGAGCAAGAGGAAGCUCUUGCUCAGAAACAGCUUCUACUGGAUCAACAAGGGUUUGCACCUCCUCCUCCAUACACACAGGCGUCUAUGAAUGGUGGAAGCGCACCUCCGCCUUCCUCUUCACAAACCAACAGCAAUGCUAACACUGCAGUAGCGGGAAUACAGGCUAUUGCUGGAAGUGGGGUUCAGAGGGCCGAAGCUACUGUGUCGCUCAAGGAGUAUGAAGAGCUGAGGAUUAAACUGCGUAUCUUGGAGGCUAAGCGAACGGAAGACCGCGAACGAAUUCGUGAUGCUGAAAAGGUCAAAGAAGAGUCGGAGCAGUUUUUGAACAUUCGUGCCAAACUUCAAGCCAAGCUUGCGGAUAUGCAGCAGGAACUUCGGGACUCGAAACGCUCUCUCAAGGAGGCUCUUGCGGAGAAGGAGGCGUAUGAGGCCAAGUAUAACGACGUGGUGGACUCGAUGGAAGUGACUUUGAUUGAUAAAGAGAUGGCGGAAGAAAGAGCUGAGAACUUACAGCAUGAGGUUAAUAUGUUGAAGGAGAGAGUCGAGGAGAUGCACGUUGAUCUUAAUGUGUUCCAACAAGAUGAAGGUAGAUAAUGUGUCAUCAAGUGAACUUUGCUCUUCCAAAAAAAAAAAAAAAAAAAAAAAAAAAAAAGUCACAUGUUGGUACAUUCACACGCGGAAAUCUUCAUUAAUAGCAAAUCG